AUGGAUGGAUGCUUCCGGAUGGCUGGCGCUAUAGGGCGCUCAAGCGCGGGAAAGCGCGCGCGCGUAUACAUCGUAAGGCGUGGGAAUGAAAUCGACACCGAGCGCUAUGGAAUUGGGUUAACUAAAUUUAUUCAGGUUCGUACGGACAUGGGGCUGCUGCGCACACGCCAGCAAGGCCACAGUGUUGAGUCCAUUCGUGAUGCCAUGCUCGAACUUCGCGAAAUGUAUCCAAAGGCCGGAAUGAGAGAGAUGAUUAGCUUACUUCACCACGAGGAGGGUAUGAGUGUAUCAAGGAGUGUCAUAAAGUCUUACUUCGCCAUCUAUGAAGCCGAUCUUGUUCGCCAGCGAAAGGCCCGCCGCCUGCAAAGAAGGCGCUUUUGGGCUGCUGGAGUGAAUGAUAUAGUCGCAGUAGAUCAGCACGACAAAUGGCUGAGGUUCAGUCUAGCGUUGCACACCAGAAUCGAACCUUUCUCUGGCCGCAUCAUGUGGAUGCGAGUUUGGCAUUCCAAUCGAAAUCCACAGCUCAUUUUGAGCUACUAUCUAGAUACUAUCGAGAACCUUGGUCAUAUGCCCUUGCAUCGGUGGAUGCGAACCAAGAAAAAUGUCAUGCCAGAGAUUGCGUGGUCCCAACUGCGACGUCGAUUCACUCCGGGUUCUGAGUCCCUGCUGGACCACGGAGUCGAACAAGACUGGUAUGACAGUGACAAUACACUUCAACGCGAAUUAGAUUCUUACCAGGACCGGAUCAACCACACUGCCAAAAGGCGUGAUCGCAACAAGGUACUGCCACAUGGAGUCCCAGAACUUAUCUAUCGGUCCGCUGAAGACUUUGGUGCCCUUGACUUCAAGAUCAAGGUAGAGAAGGCCACUGUGGAUCAUGUUCGAGCAGCGUACAUCAAACCUGGACACCCUGUGUUCGAUCUCGUGCCCAGUGACCUUGGAGACACUCUUCAGAUAUGUUACAAACGUUUGGGACGUCCUGUCGUCAAUCGCAAAUCAGCUUGGACAGUGUAUUUAGGAUUGCUUCAUAUAUUUGCCGCUUCCAUCGAAACACUACCCCGGAUGCCACUCUCUGACAGUAUUGAAGAAGAUGAAGAAUUGCCGCUCCUUCAGGAGCAUCAAGACCUGCCAUUUCACGAAGAGACUAAUGGGUAUUACUAUAUGGGUGGCGUUCGUGGAGGACUUGGACUAGAUGAUGGUCAUCAUCGAUUACUCGAUGACCUUACUCACGAAGAUGAACCAGAUGUCUCUCAUGAGGCUGACAAUGCCGGUCUUCAAUUACUUGAUGACCUUACUCAUGAAGACGAACCAGAUGUCUCUCAUGAGGCUGACAAUGCCGGUCUCGUCGUUUGGGAAUUUUCGGAUGAAGAAGUGGGUGCAAUGGACGAGUGGUGA